AUUUAUUCAUUAGACUGGGUCAUAUGAAACUGGAAUAUCUGGAAUACACUUCCUUACUGAAAUAUCCGUAAUUUGAACUCUUGGACUUCAGUAUUACCGAGUUUGAUAGAGACUCAAAGGUAUUGACGUUCAUUACCACGUUUAAGAAGAGAUGGACGCCGUGGUGAAGAAGUCUCUGGGUGCUCCUCUCCGACAGCUGACCAGCUGCUUUACGGGGAACCAGGAUGGAUUUAGCCGGAAAAGCAAGAGCGUGCGCCGGAAGAGCGCCCCCUGCUGCUACGGUCAGACAGCACAUGACUCGUCCUGGUUAAGGACUUACCAGGCAGAACUUCACAGGGAAAGGAAAUUAAGGCAAGUCAAGUGUGCGCAGAAGAACGCAGAAAGAGCCGCAAUGAGGAUUCAUCACAGAAGUCCACACCAAUUCACAAAGGCACCGGUUCAGAGGGCAAACCUAAAAAGCAAGACCGCCACCAAAAAUGACAACUCUCUUUUUGGUGCCUUCCAAGGGCUCAGCCUCAGCAUGAGUGGAGCUGGAGCACAAACAUCAGCGAGUGCAGAUCCAUGUAAAGUCAUGUGAAGACAGAAGAAAAACAUUUCAAAUGACUCUGAUGGUGUUACAUCUUAUUAUCCUUAUCCAGUUUAUUCCUGGUCACCAAGAAGAAUUUACUGGAAAAUGCUGGAAAUAAUAAUAAAUAUCUCAAUUCAAAUAGGCUAUUUGAGGUGAAUUUAUGACCUGCAGAUGCUACAUUCCAGGAAUAUAAUCUGAUUAUGAUAUUUCAUGAUUAUUAUAGGUCAUGAGACCUCAUUGAAAAUCAGGAUUUAAA